AUGGCGACACCGUUUCAUUUCCAGCCGUUACCUAUCCCAACGCAAUCACAGCCUUCGGCCGGGAACAACUCAUUCUGGCCGACAAUCCAGCAGCAGCAGACCCAGGCAGCAUCACCCCCCUCCACCCAGCCUCCCUCAUCCACUCCUGCAGCUCCCCCAUCGUUCGCCGUGCCUUCCGCCGCUCCGAUGUUCCCCGCGCCUACCGCUGCGCCCUUGGCCGCCGUCCCUUCCGCUGCGCCGAUGUUACCCGCACCGCAUGCUGCUGGGCCUGGGUCGUCGCAGGCUCUUAUGGACGCGCUGAACCUUCUACAGCAGAAUAUCGGCGCGCUGCAGUCGCUGAUUCCGCUGAUGUCGCAGCAGCCACCGAUCUCAACCACUCCAGAUCAACUCCAGCAGCAGCAGGCUGCAGCAUCCGUCGGCGUCGCCUCCGUGAUCUCACAACUUGCCGUCGCAGCUGCGAACAUACUCCCGCAAGCCGGACUCUCCCCUCCCAUCAACCCAGCGUUUGCGCGAUGCAGCGGUUUCGUGCCCUCCCCGCUUCUGGCGCCUGACAACGCGGGGCCGUCUAAUCCUUUAUCGGUUUUUGCUUUUGUGGGUACAAAUCCACGACAUGUGGUUCAGCAACAGAUGCAGCAACCGCAGCCGCAGCCGCCGCCGCAGCAGCAGUCCCAGGAGCCGGAACAACAGCAGCAGCCGCCGCAGCAGCUGCAGCCGCAACCGCAGCCGCAGUCACCAGCAGCGCCGGUGGUGAACGAGCCAUGGCGACCAGCAGCGCUAACGCCAACUGAGCCAUGCGCUGUUGCGGCUCCCGAACCCAAGCUCUUCGGAAAACCGCUACUACCUCAGAAGCGAAAGGUCGAGGAAAUUGCGUUUGACGCCGCUAACGCCGAAGUCGGACCGUCUCACGCGUCGAAGAAAUUAGUUCCCGCGCAGAACGCUAAGGUUCCUGGCGGUGUAAACGGGUGUGCUUCUAUCGCGGAUGCGGGUUUGGACGAGGAGAAUGAUGAGGAGUCGCCGCUUCCGGAUGGAACGUUCGACAUUAUCGAGAUGGACCCUGUGGAGCUGCUUGCGGAGCACACCCACUUCUGCGAAAUCUGCGGCAAAGGAUUCAAGCGUGAUGCCAACCUACGCAUGCACAUGAGGGGCCAUGGCGAUGCAUACAAAACACCAGAGGCGCUUGCUAGGCCAGGCAAGCACUCUCCAGAAGCCACCGGGCAGCCUCCAAAACGUUUCAGCUGCCCGUUUGUCGGGUGCAAGCGCAACCAGCAGCACCGGGCGUUCGUGCCGCUCAAGACGAUGCUGUGUGUGAAGAACCACUACCGCCGCACCCACUGCCCCAAGAUGCUCUCCUGCUCCAAGUGCGGUGCAAAGCGGUUCUCGGUGGUGGCGGACCUCAAGACCCACGAGAAGCACUGCGGGCGCGACCGCUGGCUGUGCUCCUGCGGCACGUCCUUCAGCCGCAAGGACAAGCUGCUCGGUCACCUCGCCCUCUUCAAGGGCCACCGCCCUGCCAACCCCUCCCUCACUGCUGCAGCAGCUCCCACCGUCGCUGAUGCUAUUGCAGCAGAGGCAGCAGGGGCGGCUUUCUUGGAAGGUACAGACACAUUCUCCCCGAACUAUACUGGUGCUCCUCCCCCCCCGCCUUCUUUCCCAUCUUCGGUGGUAUCUUUUUCCGGUAAAGGAAAGCAGCUUGUCCAGAAGGGGAUGGAUGGGGGUGCAGGAGAGGUUGGCCCUGCUGUCAGCUCUCAAAGCACAAAUGUGGAUAUUGGGAAACACAGCGGAAGCGGGGGUGGUAGCAAUCGUUGUUCACGCAUCGACUGUUUUUCUUCAAAUUUGAACCUGAAUGGUGCUGCACUGGCGCAGUGCGAAGGCGAUACGGAAGAGAGGGAGGUAGAGGUGGUGUUGUACCGACAGCAACCUUGUGUACAGCUGUGCAUUGGACAAGUGAUAGAUGUGCAGAAGAGUGAGGAGAGGGAAUGA